AUGGGCGACGCGCGCGUGGUGUUCCUGCUCGAGAAGAUCGGCGAGACGUUUGGGGUGUCGCCGGAUGAGCUUCGCGGGGACAUGGACGGCCUGGGCGAUAAGGUCCGGCCGUUCUUCGAGCCUGAAGGUCCUCCCAAGCUCAUAUUCGUCUAUCAGGCGCCGGAUACGGUGGACCCGAAGACCGGCGCGGUCACCCGGGUCGGCGCCAAGCGCCUGGCGCUCACCGACGGCGACGGCGAGAACAACCCAAAGGGCAUCACCGAGAAGUUCGACCCCAAGGAUAUGAGCGCGGGCAGCAUCAAGGGCGGCGUGCUAUCGUCUUUCAACGCUGUCCUAUCGCAGAUGUUCCACCCCGCCCUGCGGGUUCAACAUCCCGCCGGGUGGGGCAAGCUCAAGUCCAAGUCGGAGACUGAGGAUUUUGUCGGCAACGUGCGCAGGUUCGGGGCGGUGCUGAAAGAGGCGGCGGCGUCCGUGGACGCCACCGUGCAGCUCGCCAGACCCGAUCAAAAGUACGUGGACUCCAUACCGCUCAAGCCUCUGGCGUUCAAGGACGCCGCGGAUACGGUGGAGACGGUCAACCACAUGGAUUCGGUGCUCCUGAGAUGGGUCGCCGACGCGGAGGCUUGCGUCGAGGAGACGGGCGCGUCGGAUGACGACGACAUGGGACCGGACACGGAGCUCGAGUACUGGCGCCAGCGCAUGGGUCUGCUCAACUCCAUCAUCGACCAGACCAAGACGGACGAGUGCCGACUGGUGCUGGGCGUGUGUAUGGCGGCCAGGUCACACGCGCACAAGGCGUGGAAGCAGAUCGACCUUCGUCUCACCGACGCGUCCAACGAGGCCAAGGAUAACGUCAAGUACCUGACCACGAUCGAGAAGUCACUCGAACCCUUGUACGCCAGCGGGCCCAAGCAGGUGUUGGAGGGCGUACCUUCUCUGCUCUCCAACGUCAAGAUGAUGUACACGAUCGCCAGGUACUAUCACACGAACGAACGCAUGACCAGGUUGUUCUCCAAGAUCUCCAACCAGAUGCUCAUGUGCUGUAAGACGCACCUGCUGGACGCGGGACCCGACCCUUGGACACACGACAAGGCUGAGCUCCUCGCCAAACUCCGCUUGACAAUCGCGCUGUACGACAAGUACUACUCCGAGUACCAGGCGACCAAGGAGAAGCUGGCGUCGCAGAUUCCCAAGCCGAGACAGUUUGACUUUAACGAGGAUAAGAUUUUCAGCAGGUUCGGUCUUUUCAAGAGGAGAUGCGAGAAGCUGGCGGACAUGUUCAGCACAAUCAUCCAGUUUGAGGAGCUUGCGGAACACAAAGAGAUUGUCGGCAUGGAGGUGCUCAUCACGCGAUUCUUCAGGAUCGUGAACGAGUUCAAGCGCAAGCCGUACAACCUACUCGACUUCCAGCAGAACGCGUUCGACCGUGACUACAUGGAGUUUAUCGUCGGCGUCAACGAGCUCGAGUUUUCGCUCCAGGAGCUCAUCAACAAGGCAUUCGAAAAGAUUUCAUCCACGGAAUCGGCGCUGACCCUCCUUGGCCAGUUCACCGCGGUGAUGCGCCGCGACGCGCUGAAGGAUGAUCUGGACAACAAGUACGUCAAGAUAUUCAGGAACUACGCGGAUGAUCUUGAGAGCGUCCAGAAGCUUUACGAGAAGCAGAAGCACGCGCCGCCGCUGCCCAGGAACGCGCCGCCGAUUGCGGGUGACAUUCUCUGGUCCAGGCAGCUUCUCCGCCGGAUCGAGGGUCCCAUGCGGCACUUCGCCGGCAUGGAGAGCAUCAUGGCGAUGAAGGAGUCCAAACGGGUGGUUAAACUGUACAACAGGGUCGCCACCGCGCUCAUGACCUACGAGACUCUUUGGCACCAGGCUUGGGUCAAGGGUGUCGAGGACAGCAAGGUUGGCCUUCGCGCGACGCUCCUGGUGCGCCACCCCAACACCGGCCAGCUUCUCGUCAACUUUGACCGCGAGAUCGCUCAACUCAUCCGCGAGUCCAAGUUCAUGAUGCGGAUGGACGUGGAAGUGCCCGAGUCCGCGCGCAUCGUGCUGGCGCAGGAGGACAAGUUCAAGUCCUACUACAACCAGCUCACCCACACCAUCAACAUGUACACCCACCUGGACGACGAGAUCGCGCCCGUGACCCGCCCGCUCCUCAAGGCUCACCUCGCCGAGCUCGAGAUGGUCGUCGCACCUGGCAUGACCGACCUGACUUGGACGUCCACGAACAUCGACAUGUACCUCAAACGCGUUCACAGGACGAUCGACAAUCUGGAACUGGUCGUUUCCAAGGUUAACGACAUGCUCCACCACCGCAUAGACGAUAACCUCAAGGACGCGGCUCGGAUCAUAAUGGUGGACCUGCCCAAGGACGAGCUCGUCACGUUGGAGGAGUUCGCCGCGAUCCAGACCAAGCACGUCAAGGAGGCCGCGGAUAUCCUGGCGAUCAAGUCCGAGGAGGUUCGCAGGGGAUGCGACGAUCUCGUGGAGCUGAUCCGGGACACGAUGCCGGAGGCGGAGCCGGGCAGCUUGAUGCCUCUUCCCACCAUCGACGACGAGGCCAUCGCGGAAUUCAAGGCGCACUUCGCCAGACUCAUGUACUCCGCGGUGCUGCACUCCACCCGCAAAUCCUUCGACGUGCUCAAGCAGAGGAUCGCGUCCAAGGUUUCGGGCGGUUUCCUGUUCAUCGAGCGGCCGCUCUUUGACGUGGACGUCGAGCUCUCGGUCCCGUACGUCCAAAUGUCUCCGAGCCUGGACGACGUGCAGCGCGCGGUGAACGGCGUCGCUAAGAAGAUGCUCAACGCAUCGCGGUCCAUCAAGCGGUGGGGCAACACCGAUCUCAACGGUGACGAGGAGAAUCAGCCCGGCCUUUGCCUCCUGCUCACUGGCGCCAUGCACGGCUGCCGCACUAGCGUGGAGCAGUACCUCACGGCGUUCACCGAGUUCGAUUUCCUCUAUCUCCAGGAUCUUCAGCAGGCGUACGAGGAGUUCAUGGCGAAGAAGCCCAACCUGGAUAUGUUUGAGACUGAGCUUCAAAAGUACAUGAGCAUUGAGCAGCACAUCGGCAAAAUCGCGCCCGUGCACAACAUCGGCGCGCUGUCCCUGGAGACCCAGCCGCUCAAGGUGUCGCUCAAGGCGGAGGCCGCGACGUGGAAAAAGCAGUUCGCGAAGAAUCUUCACGCGCACGGCAAGGACCAGCUCGAGACUAUCGUGCAGUACAUGAAAGACACCACGCUCCAGCUCAACCGGAAGAUCGAGGACCUGGAGGAUGUCCGCCACGUGAUGGCCAUACAGCAGGAUAUCCGCAUCAAGGAAUCGGAGAUUGACUCCAUCAUGAACCCCAUCGAGGAGGUUUAUGGGCUGUUGACGAGGUACGAGGUCAAGGUUCCCAAGGAGGAGACCGACGUCGUCGCCGAGCUCCGCGGGAACUGGACCACGAUGAACGCGCUCGCAGUCUCCGUCGGCGAGAAUUUGCAGCGGCUCCAGGCUGGGUUCAAGCGGGAUCUCGUGGCGCAGGUGAAGGUGUUCGUCGUGGACGCGCAGGAGUUCCGCAAGGACUGGGACGCAAACGGUCCGAUGGUCGACGGUCUCGCGCCCGCGGAAGCCGUCGAGCGACUCAAGGAUUUCCAAACCAAGUUUGCGCCGCGCAAGGCUAAGUGGGACAACUUCAGCAGCGGCGAGGCGCUAUUCGGCCUGCCCGUGACCCUCUACCCCGAGCUCGAGAAGACCGAAAAGGAGAUCGAGUUCCUCGACAAGCUCUACUCGCUGUGGACCAACGUCACUCAAACCAUCGGGGGCUACGUCGACAUCCUUUGGACGGAGGUCAGGGAGAAUAUCGACGUCAUGACUGAGACGGUGACCUCUUUCCAGGCGCAGUGCAAGAAGCUGCCCAAGGCUAUGCGAGACUGGCCCGCGUACGUCGACCUGAGGAAGAAGAUUGACGAUUUCCUCGAGAUGUUACCCCUAAUCCAGAUGCUCGCGGCGCCCGCCAUGAGGCCCAGGCACUGGACCAGGUUCCAGGAGAUCACCGGCUCUGAGCUGGACAUGGCCGAGGACACCUUCAAGCUCCAGAACGUGACGGAGUGCAGCAUCCUGAAGCACUACGAGGACAUCGAGGAGUGCGCCGCGGGUGCGGUGAAAGAGGAGCAGGUUGAAAUGAAGCUGAAGCAGGUGGACGGUGACUGGGAGGAUCUCAUAUUUGUCUUUAACGAGUUCAAGCAACACGGCCGGGUCGUGCUGGACAUGGUGGCCACCGCCGAGCUUAUCGAGAAGCUCGAGGACACCUCCAUGGCGUUGGGAGGUAUGGCCACCAACCGAUACUCCGCGCCGUUCAAGGGCAAGGUUCAAGACUGGAUCACCAAGAUGGCCACGAUCGAGGAGAUCAUCAACAUGUGGCUCAACGUCCAGAACAUGUGGAUGUAUAUGGAGGCUGUCUUCAGCGGCGGCGACAUUGUCAAGCAGCUCCCGUCCGAGGCUAAGAGGUUCAAGAACAUCGAUAAGCAGUUUGUCAAGAUGGCUAAGGUCGCCGCGGACGUUCAGAACGUCGUCGAGGUGUGCUGCGACAGCAAGAUGAUGAUGGAGGUGCUUCCGGUGCUUACCGAGCAGCUCGAGUUGUGCCAGAAGGCCCUCACUGCCUUCCUGGACACCAAGCGGGCCAUGUUCCCCCGCUUCUAUUUUGUCUCUGACCCGACACUGCUGGAGAUUUUGUCGCUGGGCUCUGAUCCCCCCUCGGUCUGCCCGCACUUCCAGUCCGGUCUGUUCGACUCGGUCACCGCGAUUGAGUUCGACAAGGAAGACAAGUACAAGAUGCUCAAGAUGUUCUCGCAGCAGAACGAGGAGGUUGUCUUCCAGACAUUCAUCAGCGGCGAGGGCGGCCACGGCCACCUCGAGGAGAAGCCUGUGAUUGCCACCGGCAACAUCGAGUCGUGGCUCCAGGCACUGGUCGACGGCAUGCAGGACUCAGUCAAGAGCAUCAUUCGUAAGGCUCACGAUGAGGUGCAGACCCAGCAGCUCGAGGAGUUCAUCUUCGGCCACCCCGCACAGAUCUCCCUGCUCGGUAUCCAGUUCAUGUGGACCAACGAUAUGCAAUCCGCGCUGACUAUUGCCAAGCAGAGUAAGGAAGCGAUGAGAGAGGCUUUCAAGAAGCAGGCCGACAUGCUGAAGGAGAUGAUCGUCAUCACAACCAGGACCACGAUCGGCAAGAACGACAGGAAGAAUCUGGAGACGUGCAUCACCGUCCACGUGCAUCAGAGGGAUACCUCGGAGGAGCUGAUGAAGAAACGCAUCAAGGACCCCGCCGAUUUUGAGUGGAUGAAGCAGUGCCGAUUCUACUGGAAUAAGGGCAGGGAGACCGUGAUCAUCUCCAUCUGCGACGUCGACUUCGAGUAUUCGUACGAGUAUCUCGGCGUGAAGGAGCGCCUCGUGAUCACGCCCCUGACGGACAUCUGCUACGUGACUCUGUCUCAGGCGCUCGGCAUGUUCCUCGGUGGCGCGCCCGCGGGACCCGCGGGUACGGGCAAGACGGAGACCACCAAGGAUCUCGGUAACACCCUCGGCAAGUACGUCGUCGUGUUCAACUGCUCCGAUCAGAUGGACUACAAGGGCAUGGGUAAGAUCUACCGCGGUCUCGCGCAGUCCGGUCUGUGGGGAUGCUUCGACGAGUUCAACCGCAUCAACCUCGACGUGCUCUCAGUGUGCGCGCAGCAGGUUUACUGCGUCCUCCAGGCUAUCCGCGAGCGCAAGACCGAAUUCAUCUUCACCGACGGCGCGCGCGUCAGCCUCGACCCUCGCGUUGGUUUCUUCAUCACGAUGAACCCCGGUUACGCCGGUCGUCAGGAGCUGCCGGAGAACCUCAAGGCUCUCUUCCGCGGCGUCACAAUGAUGGUGCCCAACCGCCAGAUUAUCAAGAAGGUGAAGCUGGCGGCGUGCGGUUACAUGCAAAACGAGUUCCUCGCCAAGAAGUUCUUCGUACUCUACGGCCUUUGCGAGCAGCAGCUGUCCAAGCAGGCGCACUACGAUUUUGGUCUGCGUAACAUCCUCUCCGUGCUGCGCACCAUGGGCGCGUCCAAGCGCGCCAACCCGGAAAAAUCGGAACCUUUCCUGGCGAUGCGAACCCUCCGCGACAUGAACAUGUCCAAGUUUGUCGCCGAGGAUGUGCCACUCUUCUUAUCGCUCAUCGCGGACAUCUUCCCCGGGAUCAAGGCGGACAAGGCUGUCUUCCCCGAGGUCGAGGAGGCCAUGGCCAAGGUUGCCACCGAGAAGGGCCUGCAGCUCCACCCGUCGUGGCUUGCUAAGUGUGUUCAGCUUUAUGAGACCUACCUGGUGCGCCACGGUAUCAUGCUUGUUGGACCCACCGGCGGUGGUAAGACGGCGAUCAUCGAGACGCUCGCCGGCGCCCUCACGGAGCUCGGUACCAAGCACGUCAUCUGGAGGAUGAACCCCAAGGCGAUCACCGCGCCGCAGAUGUUUGGCCGCCUCGACGCCACCACGGGCGACUGGACCGACGGUGUCUUUGCCGAGAAGAAGAACAACACGUGGAUCGUGCUAGACGGACCCGUCGACGCCAUCUGGAUCGAGAACCUCAACACCGUGCUCGACGACAACAAGGUUCUCACCCUCGCCAACGGCGAUCGCGUGCAGAUGAGCGGAAUCAUGAAGGCGAUGUUCGAGCCCGAAAACCUCAACAACGCGUCUCCGGCCACCGUGUCCCGCGCGGGUAUCAUCUUCGUCUCGGAGACUGAGCUCGGCUGGAAGCCCAUGGUUGACUCGUGGCUGGACACUCGCGCCAAGCACGAGGCUGCCGCGCUCAAGCCUCUCUUCGAGAAGUACGUGGAUGCUCUUCUGGAUGUCAUCCGGAUCGAGUGCAAACCCGUGAUGGCUGGUUCGCCGUGGGCUCACGUGUCCAGAGAUUUCUGCCAGGUGAGCACACUCGUCACACUGCUCAAGGGCAUCCUGAAGCCCAGCGAAGAGGCUAACGAGCAACUCUCGUCGGGGCACUACGAGCGCCUUUUCCUCUACUGCUGCACGUGGGCGCUGGGUGGCUUGCUCGAAAUGAAGGACCGGCCGCCGCUGAACAAGGCGAUGGUUCGGCUGGCCGAAUCCGAGGCUCCCAACUUUGAUGACCCCGAGGAUACCUUCUUCGAGUACUUCGUGUCCGACGAGGACACCGAGUGGAGGCACUGGAACACCCAGGUGCCCGCAUGGGAGUACCCCGCGGCGGAGGAGAAACCCAAGUUUGCCAGGCUCAUCAUCCCCACCCUCGACUCUGUGCGCCUGGAGUCGCUGCUGAAGAUUGUCACGAGCGUCGACAAGCAGGCGCUGUUCGUGGGCGGACCGGGUACGGCGAAGACCACCGCGAUCAAACAGUUCAUGGCCGGGUUCGACAGCGACACCACCGCGACGAAGGACAUCACGUUCUCAUCACUCACGCAGCCGGGCACCUUCCAGGUUGCGAUUGAGUCCUCAGUUGAGAAACGACAGGGCAGGACCUUCGGGCCCCCAUCCGGAAAGAGGAUGAUUGUCUUCGUGGACGACCUGUCCAUGCCAGUCAUGAACGAGUGGGGUGACCAGAUCACGAACGAGGUUGUCCGCCAGCUUCUCGAGCAGGGUGGCAUGUACUCGCUCGAGAAACCCAUCGGAGAUAUGAAGAUGAUUGUGGACUGCGUGUACCUCGCGGCGAUGAACACGCCAGGCGGGGGCAAGAACGACAUUCCCAACCGCCUCAAGAGGCACUUCUGCAUCUUCAACGUGCCCCUCCCGUCCGUCGCUGCCAUCAACAAUAUCUUCGGGCAGCUCGUCGCCGGGCGCUUCAGCGCGGAUGUCUUCUCACCGCAGGUUGUGGACGUCGCGUCCAAGCUGGUGCCCGUCACCGUCGACCUGUGGAACAAGGUUCAGGCCAAGAUGCUUCCCACGCCUGCCAAGUUCCACUACCUGUUCAACAUGCGAGAGCUCAGCAAGGUGUUUCAAGGCUUGAUCCUCGCCGAGCGCGACAGGUUCAGAGAGAAUAACAGGUUCGUCCAGCCCUUCGGGGGCAAGGUCAAGUCCCCCGAGGCGUACCUGGUGGCGCUGUGGCGGCACGAGUGCGAGCGAGUUUUUUGCGACAAGCUCACCACGCACGAGGACAAGGACUGGGGAGAUAAGCUCAUCAUGAAGCUCAUCGACGAGACGUACGGCGAAGAUAUCAGGGCACAGGUGGAAGACAGGGUGUAUUUCGUCGAUUUCCUCAGACCGCCAAAGGUUGACGAGGAGACUGGCGAGACUGUCGACGCCAACCCGAGCUACUACGAAUCCACCGAGUCGCUCGACUCCCUCAGGGCGGUGGCCAUGGCGCGCCAGGCGAGCUUCAACGAGACGAGCAAAUCGCUCAAGCUCGACCUGGUUCUCUUUGAAGAUGCGCUGAAGCACAUGAUGCGCAUAUCGAGGCUGCUGUGCAUGGAGCGAGGCAGCGCCCUGCUCAUUGGUGUCGGCGGCUCUGGUAAGCAGUCUUUGACCCGACUUGCCGCGUACAUCGCCGGAGCGUUCCCGUUCCAGAUUCAGAUUACAAAGACGUACAACCAGGCCAACCUGUUCGAGGAUCUCAAAUCCCUGUACAAGGUGGCGGGCCUGAAGGGCCAGAAGGUUGCGUUCAUCUUCACCGACGCCGAGGUCAAGGAGGAAUCCUUCCUUGAGUACAUCAACCAGAUUUUAAUGACUGGCGAGGUGGCGGGUCUCUUCCCCAAGGAUGAGCAGGACAUGAUCGUCAACGACGCGCGGGGGCCGUACAAGAAGGAGUGUCCGGGUGAGUUGGACAGCUACGAUAACCUGUGGAGCUUCUUCAUGUCGAGGGUGCGGGACAACCUCCAUCUGUGCCUCUGCUUCUCCCCCGUCGGCGACAAGUUCAGCCGCCGCGCACGGGAUUUCCCGGGUCUCAUCAACGGGUGCACCAUCGACUGGUUCCUCCCUUGGCCCCAGGACGCGCUCAUCGCAGUGUCGACAAAGUUCAUCGGGGACUUCAGCAUGGCGUGCGACGACGACGACAAGACCAAGCUGCAGGAGCACAUGGGUCACGUGCACGUCGCCGUGACCCAGGCGUGCAAGGAGUACUUUGAGAAGUUCAGGCGCAACGUGUACGUCACCCCCAAGUCGUAUCUCUCGUUCCUGGCGGGCUACUGCGCUCUGUACGCUGCCAAGCUGUCGGAGGUUAACGUGCUCGCGGACAAGAUCAACAGCGGUCUGUCCAAACUGUUUACUGCCAAGGAGGACGUGGGCACGAUGAAGAUUGAGCUCCAGCAGAAGAACGUAGACCUCGAGGAGGCUCAGAAGAUGUCGGAGAAACUCCUGAAGGAAAUUUCCGCGUCCACCGCCGUCGCGGAGAAGGAGAAGGCUCGCGUCGCGGUGAUCGUCGAGGGUGUCGUCGCCAAGGCUAACGAGAUUGACGCCAAGAAGAUAGAGGCUGAGGAGGAUCUCAAGCUCGCGCAGCCAGCGAUGGAUGAGGCGUUGGAGGCGCUCAACUCCAUCGACCAGAAGAGUAUCUCGCAGCUAAAGACGAUGAAGAACCCUCCCGACCUGGUCAAGCGCAUCUUCGACACCGUGCUACUCCUGAGGCAGCUGCCGAUGAGCAAGAUCGUGUGGAAGAUGAAGGACAAGGUUGGCAUGGUGAUUGACGGCUCAGAGAACUACAAGGAAGAGGCGAUGAAGAUGAUGGCCGACACUGGGUUCCUCAACAAGCUCCUCAAUUUCCCCAAGGAACGCAUCAACGACGAGACCUGCGAGCUUCUCCAGCCGUACUUCGACGCGCCCGACUUUAACUUCGAGGAUGCGAAGAAGUCCGCGGGUGCUGUCGCUGGUCUGUGCAACUGGUGCCGAUCCAUGGUCAAGUACCACUGGGUCGCGGCAGUCGUCGACCCAAAGAUGCGCGCGCUGCGGGAGGCUCAGGCUGAGCUCGAUGAGGCGAACAGGGAAAAAGCAAAGGCUGAGGGUGAGUUGGCGGAGGUUCAGGCGGGCUUGGACGCCAUGCAGGCCAAGUUCGAUGAGGCUAUGGCUGAGAAGCAGCGACUGAUUGAUGAUGCCGCGGCCACGCAGGCUCGGAUGGAUGCCGCCGCCGCGCUCAUCACCGCGCUGGCGGGUGAGGAGGUUCGAUGGACGGAGCAGUCGAAGCAGUUCGCGGCGCAGAUCCAGCGGCUCACGGGCGACUGUGCCAUGGCGUCCUCUUUCACGUCCUACCUGGGUCCCUUCAACAAGGAGUUCAGGGACCUGUUGCUCACCCGCGACUUUUUCGGCGAUUUGAGCAAGCGGGGCAUUCCCGUCACGGCGGAUCUCGACGUCGCCAGGUUCCUCGUGGACGACUCGGAAAUCGGGGAGUGGACCCUGCAGGGCCUACCCACCGACGAGCUCUCGAUCCAAAACGGCAUCAUGACCACGCGUGCGUCGCGGUACCCGGUUCUGGUGGACCCGCAAGGCCAGGGUAUCAACUGGAUCAAGAACCGCGAGGCUGAAAACAACCUCAAGGUCACCAACCUGAACGAGAAACGGUUCAGGGAUAUUCUGGAGGAGUCCAUGUCCUACGGUCUGCCGAUGCUCAUCGAGAACAUCCAGGAGGAGCUCGAUCCGAUAUUGGAGCCGGUGCUGGAGAAGAGGAUCGUGCGCAAGGGCAAGCAGGCGAUGAUCGUGCUCAGCGACGGCAAGGAGGUUGACUACGAUGACAACUUCACGUUGAUCUGCACCACCCGCCUGCCUAACCCGCACUACUCGCCAGAGCUGAGCGCCAAGGUGACAGUGAUUGACUUCACCGUCACCAUGGUGGGUCUGGAGGAUCAGUUGCUCGGCAAGCUUAUCCUCAAGGAGAAGAACGAGCUCGAGGUUCAGCGCAAGACGCUGGUGGAGGAGGUGACGACCUAUAAGAAGAAGAUCAAGCAGCUCGAGGAUGAUCUGCUGUUCAGGCUGUCCAACUCCCAGGGUAACCUGCUGGACGACGUCGAGCUCAUCGAGGUGCUGAACGUGACGAAGAAGACGGCACAAGAGGUGAACGAGAAGCUGGCCAACGCGAGCGAGACCAACGCGAAGAUCACGGAGACUUGCGAGGAGUACCGACCGGUGGCGCACCGGGCGACGCUCAUCUACUUCCUCAUCGCCGAGUUUGCCAGCGUCAACGUGAUGUACCAGACCUCGCUGAAGCAAUUUAACGAGCUGUACGAGCUCGCCAUCGACAACGCGGAGGCGAGCCAGAAACCCGCCACGCGCAUCAAGAACAUCAUCGAUCACAUGACCUACUCGGUGUAUCUCUACAUCCAGCGCGGCCUCUUCGAGCGGCACAAGCUCACCUUCGCGCUCAUGAUGACCAACAGCAUCCUCGUUUCCGACAAGAUCCUGCCCCCAGAACUCGUCAGCGUGUUCCUCAAGGGUGGUGGUUCAUUGGACAUCAAGUCGGUGAAGAAGAAGCCCAAGGAAUGGAUCCCAGACAAGUCUUGGCUCGACUGCGUGGCGCUCUCUGCAUACCCAACCUUUGCCAACCUGCUGGAGUCAAUGGUGACAAAUGACAAACAGUGGCAAAACUGGUACGAUAAGGAGGCUCCGGAGAACGUUCGAAUCCCCGAUUUCGAGGACGUCGUCACCCCUUUCGAGCGUAUGUGCCUCGUCAAGGCGCUCAGGGAGGACAGGACGCAGGUUGCGGCGCAGGCGUACAUCGCGGAUGCCAUCGGGCAGCAGUUUGUCGAGUCGGUGCCGCUCAACAUCGAGGCCACCUGGGAAGAGUCCACGCCAUACGUGCCGAUCAUAUGUCUGCUGUCGCCCGGCUCGGACCCGACGAAGCUGAUCGAGGAGCUAGCGAAGAGACAGAAAAUCACGGUGAACGGCGUGUCCAUGGGCCAGGGCCAGGAGAUUAUCGCGAGGAGGCUGAUGACCUCCGCCACGCGUGAGGGACACUGGGUGUUGCUCCAAAACACCCACCUCGGCUUGGGCUACAUGGCUGAGAUCGAGACGUACAUGACCAAGGCUGCGGAGGAGGGUAAGAUCCACCACGACUUCAGGCUGUGGAUCACCGCGGAGCCCCACCCCCAGUUCCCCAUCGGCUUGCUCCAGAUGUCCAUCAAGCUCACCAACGAGGCCCCCGUUGGCAUGCGCGCGGGUCUCAGGAACUCGUACAACUGGGUCAGCCAGGACAUGAUCGACGCGGUACCGCUCUUUGAGUGGCGCCAGCUGCUGUACAUCAUGUGCUACCUCCACUCCGUGGUGCAAGAACGUCGCAAAUUCGGCCCGAUCGGCUGGAAUGUCCCGUACGAGUUCAACCAGUCCGAUCUGUCUGCGUGCGUGCAGUUCCUCCAGAACCACACGAGCGAGAUGGAUGUGAAGAAGCUCAAGUCUCCAACCUGGGCCACCGUCACCUACAUGAUUUCAUCCAUCCAGUACGGCGGUAGGAUCACCGACGGGUUCGACGAGCUCCUCAUGGACACGUAUGCGGCCAAGUACUUCAACAAGAGCAACCUUGAGAAGGGUGUCGAGCUCUUCCCAGGUUACCCGGUGCCGGACACGAGGGAUAUCGAUAUUUUCCGAGCCGACAUCGAGAAGCUGCCGCCGGUGGACUCCCCCGAAGUGUUCGGACUGCACCCCAACGCGGACCUCACAUUCAGGACCUUGCAGGUGCGCGAGCUGGUGGAGACUGUGGUGAGCACGAUGCCCAAGUCCGGUGGCGGUGGCGAGGGCAAAUCACCCGCAGAGGUUGUCGACGCAAUCGCGGAGGAUCUUCUCUCGAAGGUUCCCACGAUGUUCGAGACUGAACGCACCAAAAUUGCGCUCAACAAGCUCCCCGGCGGGCCCACCCAGCCACUCACCGUGCACUUGCGCCAGGAGAUCGACCGGUUGAACAUCAUCGUCGAUCUCACGACCAAGACGCUUAAGAACUUGAGGUUGGCCAUCGCGGGCACCGUGGCGCUUUCUGGGGAUCUGGUGGACGCCCUCGACGCGCUCUUUGAUGCCAAGAUUCCACCCAAGUGGCUCAAAAAGUCGUGGGAGAGCGCGUCGAUCGGCACGUGGUUCCAGGGUCUGCUGCAGAGACACAAGCAGCUGGAAACGUGGCUGAACAAGGGCCGGCCGAAGGCGUACUGGCUCACCGGCUUCUUCAACCCGCAGGGUUUCCUGACCGCGAUGAAGCAGGAGGUGAAUAGGCAGCAUGCCAAGGACAAGUGGGCACUGGACGACGUGGUGAUGACGUCGGAGGUGACGCACCCGCCGCAGUCGCUCGAAAAGCUCAAGGCUGCGCCUAACGAGGGUGUUUACGUGUACGGACUUUUCCUGGAGGGCUGCACGUGGGAUGGGAAGAAAAACAUGUUGACGGAUUCUGAGCCCAAGAAGCUGUACACGCCCCUACCGGUGCUGUACGUCACCGGCGUUCUCUCGUCCGACUACAGCAAGAAGGACACGUACGAGGCGCCCACGUACAGGGUCAAGAAACGCACGGGACUCAACUUCAUAUCCACGUUCCCGCUGCGGACGGAGGAUCCCCCGAGCAAGUGGGUCAUGCGCGGCGUCGCGUUGCUCUGCUCGGUGGAUUGAGGAAAUUUUUAUUGUAGAAUAUCACACGCGCCGCCGUGGCGCGAGGAGGAGGAGCUAACCUGCCCCCCGAGGGCGGCUCGGCCUGGGGUUUUAGAAUCCAGGGGAGACGCGCGCCGAGGACGGGGGACAGUGGUGCGCUCGCGUAGCAGUAUUUUGAUUGAAACCUUAUUUGCCACCUUCUUCGCGCCGCUCGUUGUUGGUCGGUGAUACCAGUUGGACCCAGAUUCCUGGCGGCCGGCGCCGGGAGCGAGCGCGCGAGGCGGGGGGGGACG